AUGGGUGUCAAACCAAAAGACCCCCUUCACGUGCAAUGAAGAUUUGUUAAGUGUGGGUUGUGUUGGUUCCAGCUGUGUGUCAACAUGACCGACGAGCGACUGAGGCGCUACGUCUCUGAGGUGCUAUUCCAGCAGGAGCAGGCUGAGUGUCUGCAGGAGGGCAUCGCCAUGGAGACCUCGCCAUCCCCCAGCAACCAUCCAUCUGCUCUGGACUUCUUUCUCCAGCCUCAAGGACUGCUCAGCGUGUUGGAUGAGGAGAGUCAGAGUCUUUGGCCGACGGAGCAGAACCUCUACAAGAGGUUGUCCACCCAGCUUGAGUCCAACCCGACGCACAGCCUCUCCUUCACCACCAAGGAUGGCAACGGAAACCCACCACCCAAAGAUCAAGGCCCCACUUUUACUGUUCGCCACUAUAGCGGCCAGGUCAGAAAAAUGAACGCCAAGCAUGUCAGGACUGAGGAAUCCAUUUUCUUCUGGAAUAGCAGUGCCGUUUAGCAAGAGCAUAUAUCAAUUAAUUAUGUUGAAAUUGAAUAUAAUGUUACCACCUUAUGGUAGAAUCCUCUCCCUUUUCCACUGUGCAGUCACUACUUGGCUCAACAUGGCUUGACUUGUCUUUUGAUGCUUUUUCUUCGGCAAAAGCAGGACCUAAUUCUACUAAUUCCUGGUCAACAAACCUAGCGAACCUCUCACAGUUUCCAAAGCAAGUUGAGCAAUGGAAAAGCGGCCCAACAGAAUUGGGCUUGACACUGUUACAUACAAUACCUGAUAAGAUUUGUCCAGUGUAUGAAAUCCAAACCCUACAGUUAAAUAAUGAGAAAUGGCCAAUGAAAAGCAAAAUUAGCUGCUGUCUGCUUUAAUGAACAGUGCUACCGAGCAAUACAGCUAACCCUCCUUUUUAAUCCUAAUUAUUCAGGUCCUACGGGUUGUAUACAUGGAAUUCAAUUCAGAAAACUUACUAAAGGUGGAAUAUGGUGCUUGGUACCUUUGCAAUCAUCAUGCUUUCAUGUCACCAUCCUUUCAUCCGUAAUGCAAAACUGUCUGAAAGCCAUUUUUUUGAGUCCCAUUGACCCAGUCACCCUUUAUAUGGACAUAAUGAAGUGGUUGUGCCUCAUAUCAAACAUAAUGUGUUCCAUUAGUUGCC